AUGCCUUCUCUUAUCUCCAUCUCUCUCUCUCUCUCUCUCUCUCUCUCUCUCCAGCUACCUAUCUAUCAAUCAAGCCGGAACGAGUCACAGCAGUUGAGUGUAGUUAAUAAUUUACCAAAUCUUCUUCAGUCUAAUAACGCAGAAUGUUUGGAAAAAGUGGUCCCUCGUGUCCAGCUAUCUAUCUAUCUAUGGCGUCCUGUUUGUAGCUAUCUAUCUAUCUAUGGCGUCCUGUUUGUAGCUAUCUAUCUAUCUAUCUAUCUAUGGCGUCCUGUUUUGCCAUCUAUCUAUCUAUCUAUCUAUGGCGUCCUGUUUGUAGCUAUCUAUCUAUCUAUCUAUGGCGUCCUGUUUGUAGCUAUCUAUCUAUCUAUCUAUGGCGUCCUGUUUGUAGCUAUCUAUCUAUCUAUCUAUGGCGUCCUGUUUGUAGCUAUCUAUCUAUCUAUCUAUGGCGUCCUGUUUGUAUCUAUCUAUCUAUCUAUCUAUGGCGUCCUGUUUGUAGCUAUCUAUCUAUCUAUCUAUCUAUGGCGUCCUGUUUGUAGCUAUCUAUCUAUCUAUCUAUCUAUGGCGUCCUCUAUCUAUCUAUCUAUCUAUCUAUGGCGUCCUGUUUGUAGCUAUCUAUCUAUCUAUCUAUGGCGUCCUGUUUGUAGCUAUCUAUCUAUCUAUCUAUCUAUGGCGUCCUGUUUGCUUGAGGCCACAAAAAGUGCUAUCCUUCCAGAGCUGGUUGAGUUAACAAAUGAUGAAGAAAUUUACGUCCGUAUGAUGGGUUUGGAAACAGUAUAUGGCAAUCUAACGCCCAACAAACAUCCAAUUCUGGAUUGUAGAAUAAAUGCUGCAUAUAACUUCCCUGCAAUUUGUUUGUUUAUUGGUUACAAAGAUUUUGAAUUAAAACUACAAGAAACAUUUUCCCUAUUAUGUGUCGAUCCUCUCCCUGCUGUUCGGAGAAACAUAGCAUAUGGAUUUCAUGAGGUCAUUAAAUUAUUAGGCCCUCUAUCAGUAAUACUAUUGAGAAACUUGGCAAAUCUUUUGAGAGAUAAUAAUAUAGAGGUAUUCCAUCAAAUUCUUCUUAUUACCAUUCUUGUUCUUCUUAUUACCAUUCUUGUUCUUCUUAUUACCAUUCUUGUUCUUCUUAUUACCAUUCUUGUUCUUCUUAUUACCAUUCUUGUUCUUCUUAUUACCAUUCUUGUUCUUCUUAUUACCAUUCUUGUUCUUCUUAUUACCAUUCUUGUUCUUAUUACCAUUCUUGUUCUUCUUAUUACCAUUCUUGUUCUUCUUAUUACCAUUCUUGUUCUUCUUAUUACCAUUCUUGUUCUUCUUAUUACCAUUCUUGUUCUUCUUAUUACCAUUCUUGUUCUUCUUAUUACCAUUCUUGUUCUUCUUAUUACCAUUCUUGUUCUUCUUAUUACCAUUCUUGUUCUUCUUAUUACCAUUCUUGUUCUUCUUAUUACCAUUCUUGUUCUUCUUAUUACCAUUCUUGUUCUUCUUAUUACCAUUCUUUGUUCUUCUUAUUACCAUUCUUGUUCUUCUUAUUACCAUUCUUGUUCUUCUUAUUACCAUUCUUGUUCUUCUUAUUACCAUUCUUGUUCUUCUUAUUACCAUUCUUGUUCUUCUUAUUACCAUUCUUGUUCUUCUUAUUCUUACUACAGUGGUGUUCACACUGUUACAGGAAUCAUUCCAGCCCUCAUGGCAGCAGUAUCUGUGAUUUUUUCAUCUUUUAGUUGGCGACUACAAAAAGAAUUUAUGCUCAGCUUAUCAAGUAUCCCAAAGUGCUUUAACUCAGAAACAAUAUAUAAUAAAAUCAUGCCUGUGAUUUAUUAUAAACUUAAAAAAGCAAGAGCAGUGCCUGUACGGUUAGCAAUUGCAAGGACAUUCCUGACAUUGAUACGAACUUUAAGGAAAGCAGAACACCGAGAACAACUAUUAAAUCAACUUACAAUAGAUUUACUAAAAGGAAACUGCUAUUAUAGGGCCCUUUACCUUGAUAUUUGUUCUAUCAGCUUGGAUAUAUAUUCAAAAUCCUUCUUUAAAGAACACUUUUUUGAGAAUUGUCUCAGUCUGUAUCAUGAUCCUGUGCCAAAUAUUCGGCUAAAACUUUGCCGAUUUAUUCCUCAAAUGAAACAGACACUCAAUUCUCCAGAGGAUGAUGCUCGCUUGUAUGAACUCACUAAUGUCAUCAGCAAAAUACGAUGUACUGAUCUCGAUAAAGAUGUUCUGAAGUGUGCUGCAGAGGCAUUAUGGGAAUUAGAACAAAUUGUGGUUCCUGUUCAUUUGCUUGUUUCUAAAACUCAGGAAAAAUUACAAACUGCUGAAGACUUGAUUGAUUUGCACAGAGAAGCGGAAGAAGUCAGUUUGUUAAAUGAUGAGAAAAUUGAAGAAAAAGCAAAAGCAAAGAAAGAAGUACAAUAUUCUAAAAUACCUUCACCUAGAAAAGUUAUUGUUCCCAAAACUACUGCUUCUGAGAAGAGUAAAUCAACUCCUACUUUAAAGGAUAGCAAGAGAUCUCUGAGUACCUCUUCAUCUGUUUUGCCGCAGGUGUCUUCACCCAAAGUCAAAACCAAAGGUUCGUCAAUACCAAACUGCCGGCUCGUUAAAUCUCGAUCAACUUCAUCAAUUUGUACUGUCUCUCAAAUUCCUAAAAGAGAUUCAAAAGUCGUUGAUACUCCUUGCAAACGUGAUACAAAAAUACCUGUGAUGGGCUCCUCACCACCAGUAUUGAAAGCCUCCCCAGGUAGUCAAAAACAAGGAAAGUCUGGAAUUAAGCCUACCAAUCCUGUUAGUAGUUACCGCAGAAGUACAGGAUCAGCACCUUCUCCCUCUUUGCCAACAUCAUCAUCAUCAUCCUCAAUAUCAUCUACAUCACCACAAUUAUCUUCAAAUACUCCAAACAGUAGUACAACUACCACAUCAAGUCAAGGAAACCCAUCAACUAAAAUAUCGGAUCGCCAGCCUGGAUCUCAAGUCAAAAAUCAAAUUGAAAGGCGAAAGAGUACCAGCUCUAAGUGA